AUGGCGCGGCCCCGUGGGGCAGCGAGCUCAGGGAGGGGAUCCAAGUCGCACGGUCGUGCUUCGAAGUCCCCGGCUCCAGUCCGCAGCAAGCUUCGCGGGAGCAAAUCGGUGACCUUCGACCUCGCGGCGAUGCAGGGCGUGACCAAGGAGGUGACGCGGUCCGGGCCGCCGGGCGAGGACGCGAGCCUGGGCUGGGGGGAAGUCGAGGCCGCGACGGGCCCAGAGCUCGAGAACUUGCUGGAUCUGGAGGAGCGCAUCUGGUACAGGCUGCUCACUGAGCAGGAGAGGAUCGACAGGAUGAACAAGAGGGCCUCCGCCGAGAGGCUCAAGAUCGAGAAAAGGGAGAAGCAGGCCCAGCUGAAGAUCAAUAUGCAGAAGGAGGAGGUAAAGCAGCAGGUGGCGGUCUUCGGGGAAGGGGGUCCGUGGUGCAGCUCGGCGCAGAGCUACCCAGAGCCUCCGGCUCGCUCGAGGAUUCGCGCUGCCUGGGCGAGCGUCGGAUACGACCACCUCCCGCUGAUGGCCCAGGCCGAGGACGGCAGCUACGCGCCGUCGAAGGCCCCCCCGACGAUGAAGAGCGAGCUGCGCCCCCCGCCGCCCAGGAGCGAGGCCCCGACAGCGGUCGAGACGACUGCCCCGACGCGGCCCGUGACGGCGCUCGAGACGCAGCAGGCCCUGGCGAGCCUCAACGCGACGAUCGCGGCCCAGCAGACGGUCAACGACCGGACGUUCUCCCAGAUCACGGACAUGGUGAACCAGCAGACGGCGGCCAUCGCCGAGCUGAACAGUCGCCCCUUGCGCCUGGGCGACGACGACAUUCAGCGCAUGGCGCUUGUGGCUCAGGGCCUGGCGGCGAUCGUGCAGCCCGGAGCCCUGCUGGCCCCGCUGCCAGAGGAACCGCCCAGCGGGUCGCCCGACCGGGGCCCGGGACACGCGGCUUACGUGGAGUCGCUCCUGGUGGAAGGCGGCGAGCAACCAGAGGCUGGAGGAAGCAAGGGCGACUGGGCCUCCCAGGACGUUUCUCAGGACGAGUCCCUCGUAGAGAAGCUGCAGGGUUUCGUGCGUUCGCUCCUGGAGCCGUGCCUGUGGCUGAAGCGUGAUUGCUUGAGUGCCCUGGAGGGCUUCGUGCUGAUCGAAGUUGAUGAUCUGGCCGUCUCCGGCCGCCUUGCUUUUCAAGAUACUUUUAAGAAGCGUGCUACGGCCCGCUUCAAGUUCGGCAAGUGGCAGUCUGGCGAGGCCGACUAUGCCGGUCGCCAUCUCAGACAGUCUAAGGACCGCAUCUUUGUGGACCAAGAGAAGUAUAUCCGGGAACAGCUCACAGUGAUGCCGCACGAGCGAGUCCGGCGGGCCUCGCCCGACUCCCUCUUGACCCAGUCUGAGAUCGCGUCCUAUCGUGCUGUGAUUGCCCAGGUGCGGUGGGUGGCCCGGGAAUCCCGCCCCGACGUCGCUGGAGGCGCUUCCAUUCUCGCUGGUGCUAUGCCCUCGCCCACCGUCAGAGACGCCAUGACCCUUAUGAAGAUUUGUAAGUUUCUUAAGGCUCCGGCUGCACAGACGCUGACGAUCUGGGCCCUGGAUUCCUUGCCCCUUACGUGCGCGACGGCCUCCGAUGCCGGAGGCCCUGGGUCAGCCCACCGAGGGGGCGCGCAGGGGGCGUGGUUGGCGAUGGCAGCGGACGCCAGCAUCCGAGCCAACAAGAGGGCUCGGGUCUCUGUGCUUAGCUGGGAGUCGCAGAGAUUGAAGCGAGUUUUAAGUUCCACGGUUGCGGCCGAGACCCUCGCACUCUCGGGCGCAGUGGCCGAGGCCCAGUGGCUGCAGGACCGCGCGCAGGCAGGCCCCGCCAGUGCCGGC